AUGGGGAACAUCCAGAGCACGAUGGGCAGCAUGCGCCAGCGGCCGGAAGGGCAGCUGAGACGCGGCGAGGAGCAGGAGGCCCCGGAACGGACGCCCCUGGACGGCGAGUCCCCGGAACGGACGCCCCUGGACGGCGGGGUCCUGGAGCAGACGCCCCUGGACGGCGGGGUCCUGGAGCAGACGCCGGGGGGCGCCGAGAAGAGCGCCACGCUGUGGCUGCUGGACGACGAGAGCCUCGAGCGGCAGGAGAAGGAGCACCUCGGGCGGACGCAGGUCGCCGACAUGUACGCGACGCGGCUGGGCGGCGUCGACAUGGUCAUGAAGGUGAUGCUGAGCCUGGGGAGGACCUUCGUGGAGGCGGCCCUUCUGCUGCGCCUGGACGGCCGCGCAGGCGCCCCCAGGCUGCUGGGCUACGGCGCCGAGCGCCCCAUGCUGCUGCUGGAGGCGCUGCCGGGCUGCAACUUCCUGCACCUGCUGCAGGACGCGGACGCCCCGCUCUCGCUCCACCUGAGGGUGGUCCGCCGCGUGGCGCAGCACCUGCGCGAGAUGCACGCCCUCGACGUGGUCCACAACGACGUGGCCAUCCCCAACGUGGUCGUCCACGUCGGCGACGACUACCGGCUGAUGGACGUGCACCUGGUGGAGUUCACGGUGGCGUGCCCGAUCGGCCACUCGCUGGCCAUGGCCGCGGAGCCCGAGGCGUUCCCGUGCGUGGCGCCCGAGGUGGCCCGCGGCGGCGCCAGCACGCCCGCCGCCGACGUCUUCUCGCUGGGCGCGCUGCUGCGGGAGCUGGGCCAGGUCAAGGCCACCGGCGACGAGCUGCCGCAGCAGGCGCAGGAGGUGGCACGGCUGGCCACGCAGGAGGAGCCGCAGGCGCGGCCGGAUCUGGACGCCCUGGAGGAGCUGCUCGACGAGGCGAGAGCGCGGCCUCCGAGAAGGACGCAGACAACCAGAGCCACUGACCUGCGCGACGCUGCCGGGGCGCAGGCCGCGCUCCCGCCGAGGCAGAAGGAAGCCGAUUUCUUGUUUGAGAGAAUUAGGAAGUACGGAAAGUCUCGUAGAAGAAAUGAAAAGAAAAAGGAAAUAUCUCACAGGUCAUGGCAUUGUGACCUGCUGCAGCAUUUAGAAGAAAUUCAGUGCCACAAAAUCGACCCCAAAGAUCGACCCAAAAUCGACCCCAAAGAUCGACCCAAAAUCGACCCAAGAUCGACCCAAAGAUCGACCCAAAAUCGACCAAAAUCGACACAAAAAUCGACCCCAAAGAUCGACCCCAAAGAUCGACCUCAAAAUCGACCACAAAGAUCGACCACAAAAUCGACCCCAAAGAUCGACCACAAAGAUCGACCACAAAGAUCGACCACAAGAUCGACCCCAAAGAUCGACCACAAGAUCGACCCCAAAGAUCGACCACAAGAUCGACCACAAGAUCGACCCCAGAAGCGGCGCCUCUGA